AUGACGUGUGCGGUGAGUGAUAUACCUGCUGAGCGUGUGGGUGGGGUGGAAGGUGGUGCUACGGCCAGUGCCUGCAUGUGCGCUGCUGGGGCGCACUUGAAUGACAAUGACGUGUGUGCUUCUGGUGAGUGCAAUGCCAUGUGUGCUUCUGGUGAGUGCAAUGCCAUGUGUGCUUCUGGUGAGUGCAAUGCCAUGUGUGCUUCUGGUGAGUGCAAUGCCAUGUGUGCUUCUGGUGAGUGCAAUGCCAUGUGUGCUUCUGGUGACUGCAAUGCCAUGUGUGCUUCUGGUGAGUGCAAUGCCAUGUGUGCUUCUGGUGAGUGCAAUGCCAUGUGUGCUUCUGGUGAGUGCAAUGCCAUGUGUGCUUCUGGUGAGUGCAAUGCCAUGUGUGCUUCUGGUGAGUGCAAUGCCAUGUGUGCUUCUGGUGAGUGCAAUGCCAUGUGUGCUUCUGGUGAGUGCAAUGCCAUGUGUGCUUCUGGUGAGUGCAAUGCCAUGUGUGCUUGUGGUGAGUGCAAUGCCAUGUGUGCUUCUGGUGAGUGCAAUGCCAUGUGUGCUUCUGGUGAGUGCAAUGCCAUGUGUGCUUCUGGUGAGUGCAAUGCCAUGUGUGCUUCUGGUGAGUGCAAUGCCAUGUGUGCUUCUGGUGAGUGCAAUGCCAUGUGUGCUUCUGGUGAGUGCAAUGCCAUGUGUGCUUCUGGUGAGUGCAAUGCCAUGUGUGCUUCUGGUGAGUGCAAUGCCAUGUGUGCUUCUGGUGAGUGCAAUGCCAUGUGUGCUUCUGGUGAGUGCAAUGCCAUGUGUGCUUCUGGUGAGUGCAAUGCCAUGUGUGCUUCUGGUGAGUGGAAUGCCAUGUGUGCUUCUGGUGAGUGCAAUGCCAUGUGUGCUUCUGGUGAGUGCAAUGCCAUGUGUGCUUCUGGUGAGUGCAAUGCCAUGUGUGCUUCUGGUGAGUGCAAUGCCAUGUGUGCUUCUGGUGAGUGCAAUGCCAUGUGUGCUUCUGGUGAGUGCAAUGCCAUGUGUGCUUCUGGUGAGUGCAAUGCCAUGUGUGCUUCUGGUGAGUGCAAUGCCAUGUGUGCUUCUGGUGAGUGCAAUGCCAUGUGUGCUUCUGGUGAGUGCAAUGUCAUGUGUGCUUCUGGUGAGUGCAAUGACAUGUGUGCUUCUGGUGAGUGCAAUGCCAUGUGUGCUUCUGGUGAGUGCAAUGUCAUGUGUGCUUCUGGUGAGUGCAAUGCCAUGUGUGCUUCUGGUGAGUGCAAUGCCAUGUGUGCUUCUGGUGAGGGCAAUGCCAUGUGUGCUUCUGGUGAGUGCAAUGCCAUGUGUGCUUCUGGUGAGUGCAAUGCCAUGUGUGCUUCUGGUGAGUGCAAUGCCAUGUGUGCUUCUGGUGAGUGCAAUGCCAUGUGUGCUUCUGGUGAGUGCAAUGCCAUGUGUGCUUCUGGUGAGUGCAAUGCCAUGUGUGCUUCUGGUGAGUGCAAUGCCAUGUGUGCUUGUGGUGAGUGCAAUGCCAUGUGUGCUUCUGGUGAGUGCAAUGCCAUGUGUGCUUCUGGUGAGUGCAAUGCCAUGUGUGCUUCUGGUGAGUGCAAUGCCAUGUGUGCUUGUGGUGAGUGCAAUGCCAUGUGUGCUUCUGGUGAGUGCAAUGCCAUGUGUGCUUCUGGUGAGUGCAAUGCCAUGUGUGCUUCUGGUGAGUGCAAUGCCAUGUGUGCUUCUGGUGAGUGCAAUGCCAUGUGUGCUUCUGGUGAGUGCAAUGCCAUGUGUGCUUCUGGUGAGUGCAAUGCCAUGUGUGCUUCUGGUGAGUGCAAUGUCAUGUGUGCUUCUGGUGAGUGCAAUGACAUGUGUGCUUCUGGUGAGUGCAAUGCCAUGUGUGCUUCUGGUGAGUGCAAUGUCAUGUGUGCUUCUGGUGAGUGCAAUGCCAUGUGUGCUUCUGGUGAGUGCAAUGCCAUGUGUGCUUCUGGUGAGUGCAAUGCCAUGUGUGCUUCUGGUGAGUGCAAUGCCAUGUGUGCUUCUGGUGAGUGCAAUGCCAUGUGUGCUUCUGGUGAGUGCAAUGUCAUGUGUGCUUCUGGUGAGUGCAAUGCCAUGUGUGCUUCUGGUGAGUGCAAUGCCAUGUGUGCUUCUGGUGAGUGCAAUGCCAUGUGUGCUUCUGGUGAGUGCAAUGCCAUGUGUGCUUCUGGUGAGUGCAAUGCCAUGUGUGCUUCUGGUGAGUGCAAUGCCAUGUGUGCUUCUGGUGAGUGCAAUGUCAUGUGUGCUUCUGGUGAGUGCAAUGCCAUGUGUGCUUCUGGUGAGUGCAAUGCCAUGUGUGCUUCUGGUGAGUGCAAUGACAUGUGUGCUUCUGGUGAGUGCAAUGCCAUGUGUGCUUCUGGUGAGUGCAAUGCCAUGUGUGCUUCUGGUGAGUGCAAUGCCAUGUGUGCUUCUGGUGAGUGCAAUGCCAUGUGUGCUUCUGGUGAGUGCAAUGCCAUGUGUGCUUCUGGUGAGUGCAAUGCCAUGUGUGCUUCUGGUGAGUGCAAUGCCAUGUGUGCUUCUGGUGAGUGCAAUGCCAUGUGUGCUUCUGGUGAGUGCAAUGCCAUGUGUGCUUCUGGUGAGUGCAAUGCCAUGUGUGCUUCUGGUGAGUGCAAUGCCAUGUGUGCUUCUGGUGAGUGCAAUGCCAUGUGUGCUUCUGGUGAGUGCAAUGCCAUGUGUGCUUCUGGUGAGUGCAAUGCCAUGUGUGCUUGUGGUGAGUGCAAUGCCAUGUGUGCUUCUGGUGAGUGCAAUGCCAUGUGUGCUUCUGGUGAGUGCAAUGCCAUGUGUGCUUCUGGUGAGUGCAAUGCCAUGUGUGCUUCUGGUGAGUGCAAUGCCAUGUGUGCUUCUGGUGAGUGCAAUGCCAUGUGUGCUUCUGGUGAGUGCAAUGCCAUGUGUGCUUCUGGUGAGUGCAAUGCCAUGUGUGCUUCUGGUGAGUGCAAUGCCAUGUGUGCUUCUGGUGAGUGCAAUGCCAUGUGUGCUUCUGGUGAGUGCAAUGCCAUGUGUGCUUCUGGUGAGUGCAAUGCCAUGUGUGCUUCUGGUGAGUGCAAUGCCAUGUGUGCUUCUGGUGAGUGCAAUGCCAUGUGUGCUUCUGGUGAGUGCAAUGCCAUGUGUGCUUCUGGUGAGUGCAAUGUCAUGUGUGCUUCUGGUGAGUGCAAUGCCAUGUGUGCUUCUGGUGAGUGCAAUGUCAUGUGUGCUUCUCGCAUGCUUCUUACAGACACCGACAUGUGCGAGUGCCGACCAUCGCUGCCCCGCCAUGUCCUGCAAGCCGCACCUGUCCUGUGUGGGCUUCUCAGCUACCUGCCUCUCUCGUUUCCGUCCCUCCCCACCAUCGUACCUCCCCUCUCCAGAGUGUGA